AUGUGGCAAGCAUGUCUGGUAUCUGCAUUAAGAACAACCUUAGGAUGCACCAUAGUUGGUUGUGUCACUCUUUAUGGCCCUCUCUUCAUUCAAAACCUUGUAGCAUUCCCAGCAUUAUCCUAUGUAACAAUUAUUCUCAUUAUCAAAGAUGCCACUUUGGGAGAAGCGUUACGUGGGUGCUGGCUCACGCUGUACGCCACCAUCCAGAGCAUCUGUCCAGCCAUGUUGAGCUUGUGGCUCAUCGGGCCGACCCGGUUCUCCAAGGCCACCUCGGCUUUGGCUGUGGCGCUAGCCGCAUUCUUGGUGGCGCUGCCGGCUGAGUCAACGCAUUUGACGGCUAAACGAAUAGCUUUUGCUCAGAUUGUGGUGGUGUAUGUGAUCGGUUACGUAAAUGGGCCUCUCACUGAGCCCAUCAUGCACCCUCUCCGCGUUGCGGCUAGCACCGCCGUUCGAGCCUUGGCUUGCGUUCUCGCGUUGCUGCUUCCCUACCCUCGUUUUGCAUGUCAUCAGGUGAGAAAGAAUUACAAACUACUAACUCAAAACACCCUAGAAAGGUUGAAGCUUUUUAUGAAGGCGACGUGUGAAGAAGACAAUCCGUCGGCACUCGCAUCAAUCUCUUACGCCAUGUCUUUGGCAACUGCUCGAACCAAGCUUCUCCAGCUCGUCACACGCUAUCAAAAUGGCGUGAGUUGGGAGAGACCACCAAUUAAAUUUUUUAGAACCCGUCACUUGUUCCCGGCAAAGAGAUUCCAAGAGAUAGACACCACCUUGAGAGGGAUGGAAUUGGCUCUAAAGAGCAUCAAUUCAUUUCCAAUCAGCUUACUUGACGAAGAUAUGAAACAUGAUCUCAAUAGGCUAGAGCAUAAUGUUAUCCUAAUCAUAAAAGAAACCACACACAAUUCAUAUGGUGGUUCACUAACCGUUCCUGAACCCUAUGCAAAAAGAAUAACAAAGUUUUUCCAAUGCCUUCACACCAUUCCAACAACCCACCAAGAUUUACCCGUUUAUUUCUACAUUUUUUGUGCCAAACUUCUCCACAAGUGCUCAUUGGCCGAAACUGCAAAUAAUAUUCAAGACCAGCCUAUUCAAAAAAUGGGAAAUCCUCAAGAGGGUACGCACAAGUGGGCCAACUUCAUGACAAUAUUAAAAAGGCCACAAGUUUUGGCACCAAUCAAGUGUUCUAUCUCACUGGGCCUUGCAGUGAUAUUGGGCUUACUGUAUAGCAAAAAGAACGGGCUUUGGUCAGCACUCCCUGUGGCCGUAACCUUUACAUCAGACAGGGAAGCCACAUUUAGAGUCGCAAAUCUAAAAGCCCAAGGCACUGUGUUAGGAACUGUAUAUGGAGUCUUGUGCUGCUUUGUCUUUGAGAGAUUCUUGGCAAUAAGAUUCAUGUUUCUUAUUCCAUGGAUCGUUGCAACCAGUUUCCUUCAGCUAAGCCGAAUGUAUGGCCCAGCUGGUGGCAUGUCUGCACAGAUUGGUGCCAUUCUAAUAUUGGGUAGGAAAAAUUUCGGCCCACCAAGUGAGUUUGCUAUUGCAAGGAUCGUAGAAACUUUCAUUGGGCUAUUUUCCUCGAUUUUGGUGGAUCUUCUCUUCAUGCCCAAAAGAGCUUCCACGUGUGCAAAAGUGGCACUUUCUAAGAGCUUGGCCACACUUGAUGAGUCCAUUGGCUCACUAGCCCUAGCCAACAAAACCGAAUUGGAAGUAAACCACACGAAGCUAAAGAUGCAAAUUAACGAGCUAAGGAAAUUUGUUUUAGCAGCAGAAGUAGAGCCCAAUUUUUGGUUCUUACCUUUUCAUGAUGUUUGCUAUAACAAGCUUGUUGGGUCGUUAUCAAGAUUGAGUGAUAUGUUGCACUUUGGAGCUCAUGCAUUGAAGUUCCUACAACAAGAAUUCCAAAGAAAUGAGAAAGAGUGUGCGAGUGUGGUAGAAAGUGACCUUGCAUAUUUGAGGGAAGUGACUUGUUCUUCUUUAAAAAGUUUAGUGGAUAUUUUAAGGAUGAAAUCCCUAAGGUUUCUUGAGAAGGAGCUUGAGAAGAAGAACAUCACUAGUGAUCUCGAACUGGGAAGGUCACCAAAGUCUGGUGAUUUUUGCAUGGUUUCGGAUUUAGGAAAAGAUAGCAUUGAAAGAACAAUAGACUCUUAUCUCCAACAUUCAAGAAAUGUUGUUGAUCACUUGUAUGGUUUUGAUGGUGAGCUAGAGAUUAAGAGCCAACUUGUUUUGUGUUUAAGCGCUCUAUGGUUUUGCAUGAGUGCGCUUGUAAUAGAGAUAGUAGAAAUUGAAGAAGCAAUUAAGGAACUUGUUCAAUGGGAGAACCCAUCUAGAGAGGUUAAUUUGUACGAGAUAUCGUGUAAGCUCCAUGCUUUAUACACAUGA